AUGGCACGUGGUUUGAAUAACAUAGCAUACAUAUCAUUAUGUAUACUAAGAUUUUGGUGUGCUACUUUGCCUGGAUAUGUUCAUCCCGAUGAAUUUUUCCAGUCUCCCGAAAUUAUGGGUGGAGAUGUUCUCGGAUAUGAAGUUUUCAGACCUUGGGAAUUUGUUCAAAGUCCCCAAAGUAGAUCGAUAGUUAUACCAGCCAUGACUAUAGGAAUUCCAUUUAAAGUUUUAAAGGUAUUAAACACGUGGGCAACUAAAUUUGGAUUUAAUGAUUACACCGCUUAUACGAUAGCUCAGUUAUUUUAUCCUAAUAAUGCUUUACAGUCAUUAUUAGUAUUUGCGUCUUCCUAUGUAGUUCUUAUCUUUAAUACUCGACCAUUUUCAAAUUCUGUUGAAUCCAUUUUAUUAGCACUUGCAUUUUGCGUAUAUGUGAAAGGAUCAACUCCAAAAUUUCCAUUACGACAACAGCUUGGAGAUUCUUCUACUAACAGAGAUGAAUUUCCAGUAAACCUCGCGUUCCUAUUUGGUUGCAUUGUGGCUUUGGGUUCAUUCACUAGGAUUACAUUCAUUUUAUAUGCAUUUCCUAUCGGAUUGGCUUUCCUCCAUCAUAUCUUUUUUUCUGCAAGGGCCCAAGGAAAAUCUUGGCACAGUAAAUUCUCUGAGCUCUUGCCAGCAUGUCUAGGGUUAAUCAUAACAACAGUAAUAUGUGUAUUAGUCGAUUCUUUGUACUUUGGCACGUUAAAUAUUACAUUUGGUGGGAUGCUUUUCAAUAAAGAUCAUAUAUUUGAAUUAUUGUGUAAUCCAAUGAAAUUUAUAGAGAUUGGAUGGCAUGGUAAUUUGAUCAUCACUCCAUUGAAUAACUUUGCAUAUAAUAUGGAUUCAAAAAAUUUAUCUGAACAUGGACUUCAUCCUAGAUAUUUCCAUAUUUAUAAUUUUGUAUUGUUGUUUGGACCACUUACAUUAUUAACCAUGAAAGAUCUUAAGUUUAGUGCAAAUUUUAUGAGAUUGACAUCUAGAAGAACAUAUAAAACUGUGAUCGUCUAUAGUGGAUUGUGUGGAUUUAUGUUUUUAUCAAUAAUCCCACAUCAAGAAGCAAGAUUCUUGUUACCACUUUUACUUCCUGUUAUAAUUGUACCAUCAGAUAGACUUCAUAGGCUUCAUAUGCCAUUUUGGACUAUUUGGGCUGUAUUUAAUCUAUUGUUUGUUGCAAUAUUUGGAGGAUUACAUCAAGCGGGAAUCGUUCCUAUAAUGCAAAAAUUACAAAAUCUAUCAUUAAAGUUUAGAAAUUGUGAUGAACUUCCUGGAUAUUUCCAAUGUGAAUUAGGAAAGAAAUUAAUUCGACCAGUAAGAAAUCCAUCUGAAACUCUUACUACCAAUAUAAUAUUUUACAAAACGUACAUGCCACCACGUCAUUUACUUGGUUAUCCCAAAUCAUGGAGAGAAACAAAUAUUCAAGUUAACGUUUAUGAUUUGGCCGGUUCUCCAUUAAGUGACCUUGAAAAUCUAAUAACGAAACAAGUACCAUCUAAAAGUUCUUUGACUGAAAAUUUAUGGAGAGGUCAUAUCAUUUUUCAACAGAACGAAAAUUCAAACAGCUCAAGAAUAUUUGAAAGGUAUCUCAUUUAA